UCCCCAGGGAUCUUGUCCUGGUCUCAGGAGGGGCCCUGGGCGCUGCGGGGAGCUUGUUCUGAUCCGGGGGGGUGGGGGGGCGCUGGCCCCUGGGGAACUGGCCCCCAGGAGUGUGUGGGGGGACCCUGGCCCCUCUGUAGGGCUUUCCCCAGCGCUGCUGCCAUCUCGGCGACCCCUGACCCCCAUCCUCUUAUCCCCCCCACCAGGCGCUACUUCGUGGACCUGACCAGCAUGAAGGAGCAUUUCAGAUCCAAAGUGCACAAGAAGAGGCUGAAGCAGUUGCGGGAGGCACCGUACACGCAGGAGGAGGCUGAGCGUGCUGCCGGGAUGGGCUCCUACAUCCUCCCGAAGAAGGUGGAAGUGCAGACCCAGCCGCUUGAGGAAGUCACCGAGAUGGAGGCAUCCAGCUGAGCCCAGUGGACUGAGGGGCCGAGCAGCUCCCUAAGGGCAUUUUUGUCCUCAGCUUUGUGAGAAGAACAUGCCUCAGCACAGCCUGCCAGCAAGCAAACGCUCUGCUCCUGGCAGCCCUCCUCGGCAGAGCACUGACAAGGAGAAGGAGCCAGCAAGACCUCGGGUGCCCUCGCUGUGUGUCCCCCUUCUCGGGGAAAGGGAAAACCACUCGUUCCCGAAGCGCUGGUGUGACUGUGCGCUCGUCUCUGCUUGUAGAGCGGUUUUAGGCCUCUCUCCUUGGGUCAGAGGUUGACCAUGGGGAGUCGCCCAUUAAAAUAUGUCAACCAACA